CUCAGGAGGGGUAGUUUCGUCAUUAACUGCAAAACUGUGUUUCUCGAGGUAACCUUCGUCCGUUUCAUCCGAGUUAAACCACCAAACCAAACGUGUAAGCCCGUACACAUCGUCUACUGCAAUCCGUCCGAUCAUCUGAAAGUCAAAUACAAUGAUGAUCUAACGGUGUACAAUCAUCGCAGAGUUGACUCUUACAAAACCCACACACACAAUAAUAAUAAUAAACCCUCCUCCGUUUUCUUCUCCUUUCCCAGUCUGACAACUCAGCCCCACAGUACUUUUGGCUGUACUGUCCAUCACCGGAUUCCUCACUUACCCCAACAUCACUUCGCCACGUCAUCACUCAUCCACGUAACAUCCUACGUGGCACCCACUUUUUCUAUAAAUCAUUUUGUUUACUCCGUCUCCUUCUAUGUGCUCUGCUCUGUAUCUCCAUAUUCACUCUUUCUCUCCUUAUUGGGCCUAGCAUGGAGGAGGCAGGCCCAAAACCCAUACCCGACCCAGAAGCCUACGACGACAUCACCGGAAAGUUCAUCGGGCUAAUGGCGGACAUGUCGCCGGAGAUUCCGAUCAGGGAAGAGCUAAUAGAAGAGGUCAUGCAAGAGCUUUACAGAGAAAUAAGUAGUAACGGGGAUGGGCCUGGGGUUGGGCCGGGGCCCAAGUCGACUACGGUGGCGGGAUCAGAACAAGUUCCGACGACGUCGUUUGAUGUUGUGAUAGGUAAAGAAAACGACAAGAGCGAGAGUUGUGGAGCGUCGUUUUCGGAGUCGGCGUCGACGGUUAUGGCGGGCAUCGAGUACGUGGCGGCCACCGGAAGAUUCGCCGGCCGGAAUAUGGGGUCCACGACGACAAUGUGGAGAGAGAGUGGUGAUGAUGGGUCGUACUGGUCGUGGGAUCAUGGUGGUGAUGAUGAUGAGGUAGUGAUGAUGAGGAAGAAGAAGAAGGGAGUAGUGGAAAUGGACGGUUGUGAUCGUGGGUGUGAUGAUCAAGAGGUUGAUGAUGAAUGGUUGGCAAGAGUUCUGAGCUGGGGCCCAGUGGAGCUUGGUCCAUGGUUUUGAUCAUUGGAUAUUAUGAUUCUGGGUCUUCAUAGAUUUUAAGGCAGAGAUAUCCACAUGUCAAUAUCGAAAGGAUAUAAAGCAUUAACUAAUCCAAUAUCCUUUUUUGUUUUGUUUUUAUAAAGAAAAUGAGUUUGUACGAGUGAUAAAAAAAAUCAUGUGACUCUAAAUUUAUCUCUAUCUCAUAUUAUAUAUCGAUUCAAGAGUCUGAUCUAAUA